AUGAAACAGCCCAACAUGUGCACUAGCUCAUCAAGUCGUUCAUCAUCGGUGAGUAAAAACACAGUUGGAUGGUUUGAUUAUGCGCAAGAAUGUAUUUUGGAAGAAGUCAUCAAACAAAAUCAUGGAAAGCCUUUUACCAUGCAAGAAACGGAGCAAGCACAAGAAUUAAUGAAAUUACUUUCUACAAGUGCAGAUACAAAAGGAAUUAAAUUUUCAUCGACAGCUCUCCAUUAUCAAUAUUAUCAGAGUAAAUUCAAAAAGAGAGCGCUGUUAAUGUAUCAAGUUUUGGUGAAUGUGUGGAAAACAGAAUUUUUGACAUCGUUCAAAAAGAAAGCUAGUGCAUACAAUGAAAGGACUGUUUAUGAAAAAGUGAAGCAAUUAGUGGAAAAGAAGAAAGGGCAGUGGAAUUUUAACGAAUUUUCUGAGCUUGCAACAUUGGCACUGAUUCUAAGUACAAGGUCUAACGAUAUUCAAGUGAACAUUUCGGAAGAUACUGCUACGGACAUGCUCGAUGGUGAGUGUAAUCACUGUGGAAUAUUGUCCAUUCCAGUGAUGCGAGAGUUUACUGACGUGAACAUGUCCACUACACAAAGGCAUAUUCGUAUUGCUAGCAUUGGUGGUGGGCCAGGAAAUGACAGUGCAGCAUUUGUGGUCCUAAAAGAAACCUUACUCGCAAAGUUAUUUGAAAAAGGAGUACUGAUUGAGUCAGAUUUAUUUGAUUUGGAGAAAAAUUGGAAAAAUUAUCUGGAAAAAUUGCAAGAAAUUUCCAAAGACAGCUUAAUUUUGAAUUUUAACAGAUGUGAUGUAACAAAAUCCUUGGAAAAUUCUCUAAAUCGAGCGUUGAAAGAUAGAAUUUCUGACUAUGACAUUUUUUUAUUCAGCUAUGUCUGUAAUGAAACAUCACAUCUCACAAAACAAGCGGAGGGAGUAUUUUUCACUGAGCUUUUUACAUAUGCCAAGCCCUUUUCCAUUUUUGUAUUCAUUGAUGUGAUUGAUCAUGCCAAGAAAGCCCUGAUGUACAUUGAGGAACUUACAAGAAAAGUACACUCAACAUUUGUGUCGUUUCAUCUCCCCUCAAAUCAAGCACAAGAAAUGAUCGUGAUCAAGUGCAGCGUCUAA